AUGCAGUUUCGCCUCUUCUCCUUUGCCCUCAUCAUCCUGAAUUGUAUGGAUUACAGCCACUGCCAAGGCAAUCGAUGGAGACGCAGUAAGCGAGGUGGGUCCUACUCUGCCCGAGCUAGUUAUGUAUCAAAUCCCAUUUGCAAGGGUUGUUUGUCUUGUUCAAAGGACAAUGGGUGCAGCCGAUGUCAACAGAAGUUGUUCUUCUUUCUUCGAAGAGAAGGCAUGCGCCAGUAUGGAGAAUGCCUGCAUUCCUGUCCAUCUGGCUACUAUGGACACCGAGCCCCAGAUAUGAACAGAUGUGCAAGAUGCAGAAUAGAAAACUGUGAUUCUUGCUUUAGCAAAGACUUUUGUACCAAGUGCAAAGUAGGCUUUUAUUUGCAUAGAGGCCGUUGCUUUGAUGAAUGUCCAGAUGGUUUUGCACCAUUAGAUGAAACCAUGGAAUGUGUGGAAGGAUGCGAAGUUGGUCAUUGGAGUGAAUGGGGAGCUUGUAGCAGAAAUAAUCGCACAUGUGGAUUUAAAUGGGGUCUGGAAACCAGAACACGGCAAAUUGUUAAAAAGCCAGCAAAGGACACGAUACCAUGUCCAACCAUCGCUGAAUCCAGGAGAUGUAAGAUGGCCAUGAGGCAUUGUCCGGGAGGAAAGAGAGCCCCAAAGGCAAAGGAGAAGAACAAGAAAAAGAAGAGGAAGCUGAUAGAAAGAGCCCAGGAGCAACACAGUGUCUUCCUAGCUACAGACAGAGCUCAUCAGUAAAAUAGGAGACAUGUAGGUUAGAUUUUGGGGGAUUUUUGUUUUUGCAAAAGUGCACAAAGCUACUCUCCCCGCCUGGACACUGGUGUGUGGCGUUUAUGCUGCCUUGACCAGUAUUUGUUCCUGGUAAUGUUGUGAAAGGAAGAGCCACGAGCGUGGUCUCUGUUAUUUAUGCUUCAAUUUGCAUCUGGAGACUGUGAAGG